AUGCUCUCCGUUAUUCCCAGGCAAUUGGGAUAUUCGACGCGACUAUUCAGGCAUUUUGCGACAAAUGCAGAGUCUUUGGCAAGCCCAACUGUGGACCCAAUCGAGAUUGAGCAUUUUUCUAAAUUAUCUGCUCAGUGGUGGGACGAACAUGGAGAACUUAAGAUGCUGCACAGGAUGAACCCACCCCGUGUCGCCUGGUUGAAGGAGAAGAUCGCGGAACUCAGAGACUUGGAAGGCGAGCCCAGCUCACCGUCGUGGAAGGCACUGGGUGGUUUGCGAAUUCUUGAUAUAGGAUGCGGCGGCGGGCUGCUGUCUGAAAGUCUCGCUCGAUUGGGAGCGUCUGUGACAGGCGUGGACGCUGCCGCAUCAAACAUUGCAAUAGCAAGAAUACACCAGAGUCAUGAUCAUUCCCUAAACAACCUGGUAUAUCGCCAUGCAGCGGUCGAAACAUUAGCGGUAGAAGGUCAGCAGUACGACGCCGUGUGCGCCAUGGAGGUGUUGGAGCACGUAGAUGAGCCGAAGAAUUUUCUGAAGAGCUGUGCUGAAGUUAUCAAGCCCGGUGGUCAUCUUUUCCUCUCUACUAUCUCCCGGACCCCGUUCGCUCAUCUUUUGACAAUCGCCAUUGCUGAGAACACCUUACACCUCGUUUCACCUGGCACGCAUAACUACGAUAAGUUUAUCCGGCCUUCCGAGCUGAUCAAGUUCUUCAAAGACCUGGGCUGGUUAACCGGGACGUACGAAGACCGACCAAACGCGCAGGAAGCCGAGGUUAGAGGAAUCAUGUACUUUCCGGGGAACGGAGAUUGGCAGCUAAGUAACAGAGGGUCGAGCUGGGGAGAGCAGUGUAAUUACUUGUUCUGGGCCAGAAAGCCGAAGACGCCGUGA